AUGGAAGUGGAUAGCCCCAGCAAUCCGUCAUCUACUCCCGCGGAGGACCGGCGCAAAUCUGGUCGAAUGACACGGCGACCAGAUGUAUUCUCGCAAAGCACACAUUCCCACCAUGAAAUGAAUGCUAGUGGAAAGCGAAAGAGGGGGGACGCGCAAAACGCCGACGAUGGUGAUAAUGUGUCAUCCGGAUCGGAGAGCGAAGACGCGAUUGAGGACUUUACCGACGAGGAGGUGUUUAAAGAAAGGAAACGCAUCGCUCGCAAGCCAGGAUCGAAGAAAACAGCAUCAAAGAAUACAUCACGCGCUGCAAAGAAACCGAAGGUGGCAGGCAACGGGGUGAGAAGACAACUCGCCUUCCGACCUGCCGCCCUCAAUGGCCGACUUCCGACCUCGCGUCCUCGCAAACCGCAAGUACGACCUAGCCUAGCGGCAGGUGAGAGUGGACUUUAUGCUGAGGUCUUUGGCAAGAGCAACAACGCCGAUAUGGUAGCCGCGCAGUUCCUAAAUCUAUACCAGCGCAACAGUGGAACAGCGAUUCGAGACCUCGUCAACUUCGUAAUCAGAUGCACAGGGUCUGAUCUGGAAAUCACUGUAGAGGAUGUGGAUGACGUGGACCAUGCGUUCGAUCGAGUCGUGGAUUUACAGAGCCUCUACCAGGCGGAAGGGUUCACCGAGUACCCACUGAUUUCCCGAGUGAAGAAGUAUCGGGCUUUUCAACCCGUUCUAGAGGAGUUCACGGCGGCACUCAUUCAAACAUUCCACCACUCAUCGCUCCUGUACACUGAUGCGUCCCUCAUGGAAAACAUCCAAAUUUGGCUUUCCUCUAUGUCUACUGGAAGCUGUCGCCCAUUUAGGCAUACGUCAACUGUCAUCUGUUUAACAAUGAUGAACGCCCUGUGUGAUAUCGCGCGAGAGGUUACAACAUCCUUGUCGACUUCGCGCAAACAGCUCGAAAGCGAGAAGAAGAAGAAAUCCGUGAACAAGGGCAGGGUAGAAGCGAUUAAAAGGGCCAUUUCGGAGGGAGAAGAGAAGGCAGAAAAAUUGGACGAGCUGCUGGAGGACGGCUUUGACACUGUUUUUGUCCAUCGCUACCGAGAUGUCGACGGUAAUAUCCGCGCCGAGUGUAUGGCAGCCAUGGGUAGAUGGAUUCGUACUUAUCGGGAGUACUUCUUUGAGGGUCAAUAUCUGCGAUAUAUCGGAUGGACUCUUGCCGAUGUUAUUCCGAGUACCCGGAUGAUGGCAUUGUCGCAACUACUCCCCCUUUACGAGAACAAGGAAAACAUCGGUGUUCUUCAUUCUUUCACUGAACGUUUUCGUCAACGCAUUGUUGAGAUUGCGGUUCAGGAUGCCGAAAUCACAGUGCGCAUCGCCGCCGUUGAGCUAUUGAUCCAUCUUCAAGUUGGAGGAUUACUUGAACCGGCUGAUAUCGACUCAAUUGGACGGUUGGUCUUCGAUGUUGACCCUCGAAUCCGGAAAACUGCAGGCCAGUUCUUUACUGCAAAUGUUCAGGAUACAGUCGAUUCGAUGACAGAGGAGGUGGAGGAUGAACUUAACGAAAUGUUCCCCGACGACGACGAGGACGACUACGAGUCACCCAAGCGCUCAUGGAUCAAGUUCAAGUGUCUAGCCGACAUUUUCCAGGCAUAUGAUGCAGAGGAGAUUGAACAAUCAGAAGUUCCCACUAUCCCCCGGGGCGUGCUUUCGGGAGCCCCGGCGGACUCACGGUUUGUUUUGGCUACUGAAGCGAUUUACCCCCACAUGGAGGAGCUCUCCCAGUGGCAAUCUCUGGCUGGGUAUCUGCUUUAUGACCACUCCCAAAUAAUCGAUCCGUCUGAGGAUGAUACAGCAGGAAUCGUUCGAAAGUUGUACAAGAUGCAGGAAGGGCUGGAAUCGGUUCUCCUCGAAAUUCUCUGUGCCGCCGUCAAACUCAGGGUCCUUGAGAUUGCGAAGUCGGAUAUUGACAAACGAGGGCGCAAGGUCAAGGCGUUGACGGCUAAGAUUCCCGAGCUCCAGGAAGAGAUCUCCCACAAUCUUGCUCAAAUCAUCCCCCAACUUCUCAAUAAAUUCGGAUCCUCUCCGGAAGCCGCAUCUGCUGUUCUAAGACUGGAGCACUUGGUAGAUCUCGAUACUAUUCAAGAUCUUCAGAAAAACGCCACAGCCUAUUCCUCUUUGCUCAACGAUAUUAACCGGCAAUUCUUGACCCACUCAGACCAAGAUGUCUUGGCAGAAGCGAGUUUGGCCUUUUUGCAUGCUAAAAGCUCCGAGGAGAUGCGGGAAGCACUCGAGGGCAAGGUUCAAGAACUGUGGGAUGAUCUUGUGGAGACCCUCGGGGCUUUGUCUCGCAAGAAGGACGUCCAGAAUGGCAGCACCAUUAACGACCCAACUUUGACCGAACUCGCCAACGCCGUGGCACGCAUCUCAAACCUUGCUGGUAUCACAGACAGCAGUGCGAUUCUUGAAACAGUGCCUACCUCGACUUCAAAGUCCAAGAAAGACCAACCCGAAGCUCCCUUCAACACUCUUAUUCAUCUCACCCUACGUGGUGUCCGUGAACAAGAUGAAGAUGAAGACGUUGCCAAAGCAGAGUCUGAGCUCAUCACUCACAGCAUUAACACGUUGUUGUUCUACUUUAUGUGGAAAGUACAGGCCCUAUCAUCUGCCCUGAAUGAGGGCAGCACCUCUUUCAACACUUCUUACUUUGAAUCACUUACAAAAAGUCGUGAGACAUUUGCAUCGUCACUUCUACAAAUCAUAGAGAAGCGGUCCGGUCUUGAUGAUAUACGCUUUGUCGCGACUACCACCUAUCUUGACCUCCAAACCCUUUUCAGCACGCUUCGCAAUAUAGGUCAAGGCAUCGGCAAUGACGAGGACGUUAUCUUCCAAACUCAAAGUCUGGUGCAUGAAGCCUCGCCAGAGGCGCAGGCUCUCGUCAUGAAGGUCCAUGGCAUUGCUGAACGCACUUUUGCCAAGAAAAGUGGCGAAAAUUUUGAGCUCGCCGAGGACGACGAGCCAGAAUCCGAAGAUGAGCCUGAGGAUGAUGACAACGAUUCUGAGGACGAGGCGGUAAUCAACGAGCGACUUCGUGGCAGUAUCAUUGCCGAGCAACGUUUAUGCGAAUUGACCGGCAAGAUCGUCUUGGCUAUUAUCGGCCGUGUAAUCGAUGCUUCUGGUUCAAAACGUGGCACAUUGAAGAAGCGCUUGCUCCGCAACAAGAAUUCACUUGGCCCGAAUUACCGUGGGGUAUUGUCAUAUCUGGAAGAGCGGAAGCCUCGGAGCGCACCCCGCAGCAAGGGUAAGCAGCCUGUCAAGACAGCUGCUGAGGGACUAACAACUGGUGGCCCUGGAGGCAAAGAUUUCAAGUCCACCGAGCAUGUGAAUGAUGAAGAUAGUGACCAGGAUAGCCCCGCGGAAGAGGACGACGAAGAAGACCUGCGUGCUCGUGGCCUUGUGGAGGAAGACAUUGACCACGAGGAUGCUGAGAAGGAGGAGUUGAAUGAUGGCACACCUGAGCCGGAUGAGGAUGAUGUUAUGGGUGAUUAA